AUAAAUUAAAGAAAGCUAACGUAAUACCGAUCCAUAAGAAAGAUGAUAAACUAAAUGUCAACCACUAUCGACCUGUUUCUUUAUUAAUCACUCUAUCAAAAAUUUAUGAAGGGAUUAUGGCUGGUAAACUUAGAUUGUUCCUUGUAGAAAAUAAAAUACUGGCAAAAGAGCAGUUUGGUUUUCAGAAAGGAUGUUCCACGACCGAUGCUCUAUUUGACUUAACAGACUUUGUAUCCGAAGCAUUAGACACAAGGAAAAAUGUUUCUGCAGUUCUGCUUGACUUGUCAAAGGCUUUUGACCAUGUUGAACAUAAUACCAUGCUCACAAUCUUGGAUAGAUAUGGAGUACGAGGUAUCGUAAACGACUGGUUCAGGUCAUACUUGGAAAAUAGAGAACAAAGUGUCAUUCUAAAUAUCCUUGAUGACAAAAAAACCUUAAAAAAAAUAGAAUCAAAGUCUUCAAAUAUACAAAUGGGUGUGCCACAAGGAAGCAUAUUGGGUCCUAUUUUGUUCCUUCUCUAUGUGAAUCAUCUACCUCAUAUUGUCAAUGAUAAGGUAAUAAUGUUUGCGGAUGAUGUUUCCGUUUUUUUUAAAUUCAACAAAAACGCACAAAUUGAUAUGGGGAAUGUUAUUGCGACGACAAUUAAAAAUGUAAUAUCAUGGUUUAAAAAUCUAAAUCUCAAAACAAAUGUAAGCAAAACAAAAAUGCUUCACUUCAGGAACUAUAACGCUCAAAAAAGUGAUUUAGUAAUUGAUACAGGGGACUCAAUUAUUGAAAGUGUACCAUACGCCAAGUUUCUGGGAAUUGUUAUUGAUGAGCAUUUAAACUGGAAAAAGCAUAUCGAGAUGCUAGUGAACCGUCUAAGCAGCUUUUGCUACGCCCUUAGAUCUCUAUCAUACAUCUCUACAAACAGAGCUUGCCUUCAAUCAUACUUUGCAUUCUUCCAAUCUAGAGUCCUGUAUGGAUUAGCAGUAUGGGGUGGCAGUGUACACAUAGAAAACAUUUUUCUCCUUCAGAAACGCUGUGUACGUAUUCUGGCUGGUUUGAAAUCGAAUAGGGAGUCCUGCAGAGAGUCUUUUAUUAAAUUAAAAAUUCAUACAAUCACAGCACUGUAUGUCAUUGAGCUACGUAAGCUAAUCAAGAGGUAUCCAGCGAAGUUCCUUUCGAGAGUGCAGGGCCCGAGCAACCGACUCAAUGAGAAAUUUAAAUAUGAUUUAGAAGUUCCACAGAGUAGAACCGCCACAUACUCUCGAUCGGUCAAGCUGGCGGCAAUAAAAGUUUUUAAUAACCUACCGGAGGAACUUAAGGCAUUGCAAGGAACUAAAUUUUUCAAUGGGCUAAAAGAAUAUUUGCUAGUGAAUUGUCCCUACGGCAUCAACGAAUUUUGGAGAUGUGAUUUUAGCAAGGCUAUUUUUAAUGAUAAGACAGAUAUCCUUUUUACAACGCUAUUCUAUAUUUUUAACAGUAUCUUCUGUAUUGUUGCAGCUUUCCCUUCAACCUUCGCAUCUUGGAGCAGCUCGCAACAGCCCGAGCUGGACGCCGAGCUCGUGCGAGAUGCGCCCCUAUACCCCUUGCUACAAGGUCGGGAGUCGCUCGACGCCGACCCCGCCUCUUACGACGAUCCUGCCCUGAACGGUCCCUCCUUACAAAACAACGAAGCCUUGCCCAAGUCAAAUUACGAAUUAGAUGAUAGCGAAAACAAACCUAAGUCACUGUUUGAAGAGUUAACAGAAAGUGAAGCUACGCUAGAAGACAUAAAGAGUAUAAUUGAGGAGAGUAAAGAGUUAGCAGAAGACGGUAAGGUUGAGACUGAUGAUGAAACAAACGUACAAAACGACGUAGAUGUAAGUGAGGGUGAGCUGGACCGGAGGAAGCGGAGCAGCGAACAGGACUGGAACAAAACGAGCGGCACGUCCCGCGUGCGAACGGGAGACACGAUCCUAAACAUCCGCGGCGCCGUCCGUGACCGCAUCGGCGACGCCCCGCGCCCCGCGCCCCCGCCCGGCGCGCCCCCCGCCCCCGCCUCCCGGCUGGAUACCGUCGUGAUUAGACCAGCGGCGGCGAGUCUGAGGCCUCCGUUGGAUAGAGUGCAUAAGGAUCCUAAGACUACUCAGAGUCCCCGCGAAGGCUCCGCGCUACUAGUGGAGGCGCACGCGCGCGCCAGCAUCGUCUGUGACCUGCGCAACGUCACCCGGCUGCAGUGGUACAAGGAUGGAGAGCUGAUCCCUUUACCCUGGGGCAGCCACAGCGGAGAGGGCUCGUGGCGGGAGUCCGCGGGGGGUGCGGGGGGCGCGGGGGGCGAGGUGGUGGUGGUGGCGAGAGCUACAAGAGGUGACGCGGCGGUGUAUAGAUGCACGGGAGUCGACGCAAAGGGCAGUGUGGUGGCUGGGGCGCCCACUGAGCUUAUGAUCUAUGAGCCAGUCCGAGCGGUAUACCUGGCGGUGGACGGCAGGAGACUCGACGCCGGCAACACGUGGGUCCCCGCGCGCGACGCCGCCGCGCUGCCGGUGACUUGCCAUGCUGAGGGCGGCGUCCCGCCCCCCUCCCUCUCCUGGCGGCUCGCGGCCACGGACGAGGCGCUGGACACGCGCCCCUACCUCAACACACAGCCUACUAACUACAGCAUCGACGGCGUGUCCACCUCGCUGGUGGUGGUGCGAGCCGCGAGAGAACUGCACAACGCGUCGUUACAGUGCACGGCGACGCAGCGCGGGCCGCGCGGAGACCAGGAGAGCAGCGCCAAGAUGGAGAUACGAGUCACUUACCCGCCCUCGUUCGUGAUCUCCCGCUGGCCCGGGUUCGGCGUGGCGCUCCGGGCCGGCGGCGCCGCGGCGCUGCGCUGUGACGUCGACGCCAACCCGCCCGCCAGGGCCUGGUGGAUACGAGACACUACUGAUCCUACCAGCGCGCCGCCCCCCUCCCCGGCGUCGUCCCCCGCGGCCACGCUCCGCUUCGCGCCGCUGUCCGCCGAGCACGCCGGCUGGUACCGCUGCCGCGCCGUGUGGAUGCACCAGCACUACUCCAGCAUAGGAUACUAUCUUAAUGUGCAUCCCCCCGACGAGUCAUCAGAAGCGACGCCCCCCGCAGCCCCCGCGCCCCCCGCGGUCCCCGACGACGCCCCCGACCACCAGCGAGUCGAGGUGCAAGUUGGUGGCAACGUGCAGCUGCACUGUCCUAAGGGGUCCGUCGGCUGCUGGUGGCGCCGCUCCGACAACUCCACGGCCCCGGGCUGGACCCCCGCCGGCUCACACCACGCCCACGGCGUCCUCGGUAUCAAGGAGGCCCUGUACCAGGAGGGCGGCGAGUACCGCUGCAUCGGGGCGAAGGCGCCGGAUCUGGCGCGCCUGCGCGAGCUCAAGAGAGUCACGCUCAGAGUUACUGGCGCAGCAACAGCAACGGCCGUCUCCGCCGCCCCAGCAGCCGGCGGCUGGCGGCUCGAGUGCCUGGUCUGCGGGCGAGGGGCGCGCGGGGCGUGGCUGCGGCGCGGGGGGGAGGGCAGCACGCCGGCCGAGCUGAGGCCCGCGCCGCACCAGCACUGCUGGAGCGCCGUGCUGACCGUGCCGGAGCCUGAUGAGGUCUGGUGCGUGGCAUCAGGCCCUGCCGGCGGCUCGGUGGCGGUGUUCCCCGCGCGCGCGCCCGCCCCGGCCCGCCACCUCGUGAGACAGCCGACCGACAGCGCCGUCUCGCUUGCACACACUGCCGCGCGCACCGUCCUGCUCGCACUCACCGUCGGCCUCGCCCUGUAGUAGACACCAGUAAGAGUGAAGAGAUGAAUCGCUAUGCGUGGUCUAUGUGAUGGUGUUGUGUUGUCUUCGUGUUUCGGAGGGUUUUGAAAUUGUCAACAGUGCCUUUGUAGGUCAAGUAAAACAGAUCUUUGGAAAAAUCUACUUUAAAACUCCUACUGGCCCAUGUCCUAACAUAAUAAAUCGUAAUGUUUAUCAGCAAUAAGAAACACGAAGAUACUCAAUGUCUAUUGAAAAUGUAAUAGCAGCAAUGUACUUAACAAUUCGUGUUGACUUUUCUGAACUUUGAUAAAGUUAAAGUGAUAUGAAAGAUGUGGGAAGGUCCGCAACGGUUCUGAAAAGUCAAUGCGGAAAUAUUUUAGAUUUGUCGUCUAGCUAUUAUUGACGUAUCUAACUUACUCUGUAGUGAUCAAGUUGAUGCGUUAGUCCUAUAUUAUUAUCCUCCGUCGAUUCUUUUAUAUCUGUAAGGCCUCUUCUACUAUUGUCCCUUUUCCUUCUUACGUUUCCUGCUAUACGGGGUGAGAUUCUGGCAACAUUUUGAGAUAAUGACAAGCAAUAAGUUACUAGCGUGAACGCGAAGUUUUCCUAUCGAUAUUUAGGUGAAAUAUGGCAGAAUUGAACCCCUCAAUUUUCUUGGUAGAUUUAAAAGAAAUAUACACAGGAAACGAUCGUGCCAAAUUGUUGAUAUUAUAAGAUAGAUAUUUAAAAGGGAAUGUCUGACACCGAAUUGGUUUUUAUUCGUAAAUAUUUAUGUAUGUCGGGAUGAUAUUAUUAAUUAGUGCAAUGUAAACACCAAUCCAAGUUGAGUAACGGAAUGUAGAAUUUAUAAUUAAGUAGUAAGUGAAUGUUGGAGAUAAUUGUUGCAAUAAGCUGAAAAAACUGGAAUAUGAAAUGAAUAAUAAUUUUAACUUUAAAAUUAAAAUUUAAUUAUGCAGCAUGAUGUCAAUUUCUGCAAAGAAACAACAAAAUGAUAAAUACAUAAUUUGUUCAUUUUAUAAUCCAAUUUAGCUUCAGCAUGUUGCCGUAUAUUUUAUAAAGAGGUCGAAUUCGUAAGAUAUGAAUAAAAACUCUGUGUAUCAUAGAAUAACUAAAGGAAUCAUGUAAAUUUCGAUGUCAAUUUUAGACGGCCUGUUUAGAUCGGGCCCUUUUUUCUAUGAAAUUAAUAAUUCAAACGAAAACGUAUUUGCUACCACAAUUUUUGCAACAAUUCGCGAUGAGAAUUUGCAAUUUUAAGAUUUUUAUGUAAUGUUUCCAUGUUAAACUGUUGUUCUUGGUCGUUACAUUAUUUUAGUUUAGUUUAUAAUGAAUAGGAGACGUAAAAGUAGUAUUAUGAAUUGUAUUUAUGAGUACAUCUUAUCCCAAUUGGCCAAUUCAUGACUUGAGAUCUGAAAGAGUCUUGUUAGAAUAUAUAACAAUGUGUAGUAGAAUAAAUUUACGAUCAAUAGGAAUCAAAACUAGUAACAUAAAAUAUCGCAACUCGGAUAAGCGCUUAAAUUUAUCAGAAAUACUACUUUUAUGCCAACCAUUUCAUUUGUUUUUACUACUGCUGUCCUACUAGUUCAUAAUCAUAACUGUUUCCUUUUCCACAGUAUUAGAAAAUAACUAUGAAAUUGUUAUUGUUGUUGAGAAUUGUGAUAUCAUCUGGCUUUGUUUCUGAAAACCCGCCAUUCCCGCGGCGAUAAGGUUAAUUCCAAAUUUACUAAAUCCAAUGAAAAGCAGAAUAUUUCAGAUAAGGUCUUAUUAAAGAUGAACAGAUAAAGCCAUAAAACUAUUCAGGUUGCGGAAGUAACUCCUAUUACCGGGGAUUAAGUUUCGAAUUGAAACAGCGUUAGUUCUCCGAAGCAGCCACGGCGGAGCGCGGGGCGAACUAAUUGUAAUGGAGAUUAUUAGUAUAAAAUAUUAGUCUGUUUUGGGCGCGGAUAAUGCGGAGUGAAGUCGGUACAUUUCUCUGUCUUAAUUUUCAUAAUUCUGACGUUACGAACAAUGCAGAGAGCAUUAAGAGAGCGGGUACAAGGAUAAUGGCAUUACUGUCUCCCGAAUGUAUUUCAUAUCCAAUUUACUUAACUGCGGUGCUGCGGCUCUUCAUAACGUUAAAACUAUGAUGGCUGCGUUCCAAAUUGAGGAUUAAAAGUAGAAAGCAUUUUGCUGCUUCAGGAUUUGAGAAAAAAACAUAAAAUAUGCAUCAACAACCCCACAACGCGGGUGAAAUGGAGAUUUGCACCGACGAUUCGGCAUUGAAAGUCAAAUGUCAAGAGAAUUUACUUAGUUUAGUGUAGUGAGAGUAUUUUUGUAUCGAGUCGCGUCAAUUGAGUUGGUGAAUUAUAUGGAGGAAAAUAUAUUUCUUUUACGUACCUGAAGUUAGUCGGCGAACCGUCGACCACGUAACAAUCCGUCCGUAACGGAGUUAGUUAGAGAGAGCUAUGUAGUCACCUAUCUCUUUCCACCCUGCCACUUUUUAACGCUGUUAAUGCAAUUAACCUAAUCUUUCUCAUCUCUGGAAGUGUGCUCUGGAUAUUAUCAGAAUUCAGUGGAGAAAGAAAGUGUGUUUUUCUCUUCAAAACGUCUGGAAUUUUUGUCUGAUGUCCCUCUUUUAAUCCCUAAUCCUCUUCACUUAUCAUCCCCUGCUGCCCUCGUAGACCCCCCCUCGCCCCUCACCCGCGCCCCGCGCUCCAGCUCGCGUGUCUAUGUGGAUGACGUAAUGGUCGCGCAGUCAAUGCACCGAACAGUUUUGGCAAAACACCGGCGACAUUUAAACGGAAUGUCAGUUGCAGUCGGGCUUUGUCUAUUCGCUUGGGCGUUGCCAAAAAAGUUUCGGGACUUUAUGGCAACAUGUUGCGAGUCGCAUGAAAAACUCCGCGCCGGGAUUGUAAACCUAUCUGCAUGUGGAAACCAACUUUAUGGUCGUGUUUUGUUGGAUCUGAUAUAGCUGUGGAAUAUUCGUUUGCAUUGACUCUGCGAACAUAUUGUCCACUGUAUUAUAAGAUGAUGUCAUAUUGAAUUAAGUAAGUAUACUCAACGUCCAUUGCUCGGUACUGAAAAGUACCACAUUUCGGUGCCAACGCCAUAAUUAAAUAGAUCUUAAUUAUUAUAUAUUUACAUUAACGAAUAUACAUUUUAUUAAUUUAAUUUUAUAUUGAAUGUACAGAAUCCUUGUAUUCAUCGCCAUGUGUCUAUGGGACUCGUAUAUACCGGAUAAAUAAAUUGUC